UUGUUUGUUCCAAUUUCUGAACUCUCUUUUACUAUUUGGCUACCUUCUUCUCUAAUUCACCAACCAACUACCCAUCAUUUUCUUUCCCAUUUAUUUUUCGCUCUCUUUUUUUCCGCUCUCUCUCUAUAUAUAUACACCCAUCACACCCCUCUCAUCAUUCCUUCACCUCUCGGUUAGAUCUAACUAUCCACACCCACCUUUGUUGUUUCAUCUCUCUGUUUUGGUUGAGAUAGAAAUGGCGCGCAAGAAGAUCAGAGAGUAUGACUCCAAGAGAUUGUUGAAGGAGCACUUUAAGAGACUCUCUGGCCGAGACUUGCAGAUCAAGUCUGCACAAGUUACAUCAUCCACUGAUUUCGCUGAGCUUCAAGAGAAGGAACCUUGGCUUUCAUCUUCAAAAUUGGUUGUGAAGCCUGAUAUGUUGUUCGGGAAGCGUGGCAAGAGUGGCUUGGUUGCCUUGAAUUUGGAUUUGGCACAAGUUGCUUCAUUUGUGAAAGAGCGACUUGGAACCGAGGUUGAGAUGAGUGGUUGCAAAGGACCCAUAACAACUUUCAUUGUUGAACCUUUCGUCCCCCACAAAGAAGAGUUUUACCUUAACAUUGUAUCCGAGAGGCUUGGGAACAGCAUAAGCUUUUCAGAAUGUGGAGGAAUUGAAAUUGAAGAAAACUGGGAUAAGGUUAAGACUGUAUUUGUUCCAACUGGAGCGUCUUUCACAUCUGAAACUAUUGCCCCACUUGUUGCAACCCUUCCCUUGGAGAUCAAGGGAGAAAUUGAGGAAUUUCUCAAGGUGGUUUUCAAUAUAUUUCAAGACCUGGAUUUCACUUUCUUAGAGAUGAACCCAUUCACAUUGGUUGAUGGAAAGCCUUAUCCUUUGGAUAUGAGAGGCGAACUAGACGACACUGCUGCUUUCAAGAACUUCAAGAAAUGGGGAGACAUUGAAUUCCCAUUGCCAUUUGGAAGGGUUAUGAGUGCCACUGAAGCUUUCAUUCAUGGAUUAGAUGAAAAGACAAGUGCAUCUUUGAAAUUCACAGUGCUGAACCCAAAGGGCCGAAUUUGGACAAUGGUAGCUGGCGGAGGUGCUAGUGUCAUCUACGCUGAUACGGUUGGAGACCUUGGCUUUGCAUCUGAGCUUGGAAACUAUGCUGAAUAUAGCGGUGCACCCAAGGAAGAUGAGGUCUUGCAGUAUGCCAGAGUUGUGAUUGAUGCCGCAACUGCAGACCCUGAUGGCCAAAAGCGAGCUCUUGUGAUAGGAGGAGGCAUUGCUAACUUCACUGAUGUUGCUGCUACAUUUAGUGGCAUAAUUCGAGCUCUAAAAGAAAAGGAAGCCAAGUUAAAAGCAGCAAGGAUGCAAAUCUACGUGAGGCGAGGGGGUCCCAACUACCAAAAGGGUCUGGAGAAAAUGCGAGCCCUCGGAGAGGAGCUUGGCAUCCCCAUUGAGGUUUAUGGACCUGAAGCAACAAUGACUGGCAUAUGCAAACAGGCAAUAGAGUACAUCACUGCUGCAGCUUAAAUCAUUUGAGGUCAAUGCAUUCUUUUUUAUAUUGGCAAGUCUGAAGUCAAUGCUCAAGGCUGAUUCUUAAUCCCCGUGUUCCCAUAUUUUGAAUAUUUUGGUUAGAACAUGUAUGUUUACAGAAUUCAAUUCAUCAAACAAGUGUGGGGGGGAAAAAUGGAUAAUAGAAGAGGAUAUGGCUGAGGAUGUUAUUUUUUGUAGAAUUCUGUUGGCACUACGUUGACAAAAAUAAAAUAAGAUUGUUUUCAUUUUGUUUAGACUAUUA